ACUAAGAAUAGAAAAAUAGGAUGAGGACGUUAUUUUAUCAAAAGGGCAAUUAAUAUUUGUAAAGACUGAAGGUGCUCGUUUAUAAAUAUAAAUAUCUUUAUCGUUUAUAAACAUACGCCUGAGUAAAACCGAAAAAUAUGUGGUUUUGGAGUUGUGAAUUGUUAUUUUUAAACAACUAUUUUUAACAAAAAAUACAAUAUUAGGUAUAUUGUUUACAAUAUCUUCACAAUGGAUGUUUCUAAAACCACCAAUCACCGCUAUGAAAAUGCUAGUGUUUACGAGUUACUUACAAAAUUAUGUGAAAAAAAUGCACAAAAAUAUUGUCAACAAACCAGAAAUUCACCUAAACAACUUGCGGCGAAAAUGCGGUCCCGUUCAUAUGAAAUAAUAUUAAAAGGAACUUCGUCCGAGCUUUCAUUGUCUGGAGGAGAUCCAUUAGUUCAAUUACUUUCAUGUCAUUUUGUAAUGCUGCAAAGUGCCAAAAAUGUCGUUGAAUACAAACGAUGUAUCGAGCUUAAGAAAACUAUCACUGAAAUAAGGAAUUUACCAGAAAAUAAGGAACAUAUUUAUGGGGUUAUUAAACUCCUUGUCAAACUACAUAAUGCUGUGCCUGAAGAUGUCUCUCAAGAAAUAUUUCAGAAACCAUUUACAUUUGGGUUACUACAAGAAAUGUUACCAAAGCCAAAAAGAGAAGUUUUUGGUUCUCAACCUUAUCCAUAUUACCCGUCAUACAUAUUUGAAUUACCAUUCAAACUAAAGAAUGUUGCUAACAAUCUGAACAACAAACACAGCUAUAUGGAAUAUACAGUUGAAAGUUUUGAUUCAAGAUCAUUGCUUCCAGAUGUUUCUUCCCAGCAGGCUGUCGAGGUGAAGACGUUUCUAAGCCCCAUGUCUUUAUCAUCAAUGACAUCAACUCAACUCUCUCCAUACUCCGACAGCAAUAUUUUCAAUUUGCCAAGAUUGACAGCUCCAAGAGAUUUGGUCAUACCAAAAUCUCAGUCUGCUGAACCAAAGAUAUCUUUUGCAAGCACUGAGGUAAAGGUAGAGCCUAAAGAAUCUCCUAUAGUAGAAAUAGAUGAGAUAAAUAUUUGGGAACUAGCGUCACAAGUUGAUAAAGAUGUGCCUGGUGAUAUCUGGGAUUAUGUAUCCAAACUACCACAAGUACAUGAAAGGCAACUGAUAGCAACUUCUUCGAGAGAAAUGAUGCUCUGGAGAGAAAGUUAUGGUGGUGUAAUGUCAGACCUCAGUAUUAUAUCAGAGAAGCAAUUUAUUAGGCAUAUCAUGUAUUUAAUUGUUGGCAUAGAAACUAAAUCAUUUCCAUACAAUAAGGAUACGAAAUAUUUCUAUAUAAAAGAGAAUUUAGUUUUAGAAUGUAUAUCUAAGGAACAUUUGCAAGGGUAUAUAACUCCAUUGCUGCAUAUAGGCACAUAUUAUAGACGAUUAUAUGAUUUUGCAUUCAAUCAAAGUGUGGAUGACCAUUUUCAUGAUAAAGGGCUUGUUUUUGAGGCUUCAAGAGAAAUUGUAAGGCGAUAUUUAUUAGAAUUUCGAUUAAAAGCAACGGACAUUUUUGAAGAGUUUUGUAAUAACAAGUUAGAUGAUCUGAAUUGUAUGCCAACUCUACUGAAAAUACGGUAUCAUAUGGAACCAUUGAAGUAUGAAAUUGAAACAAUUGCUUCCAUAUACAAGCUUAAUAAUACUGAUGCCAAAUGCACAAUACCAUACGGCGCUGAGUUGAUGUCUUACCUCUUUAAUGAAAUAUCACUUGUGACACACAAAACGACGGCACUCGUUCUCUACAAUUCCCUUGUUACUGUAUGCACAGUCUAUUUUAAGUUCAUCGAAAAAUUUAUAUUCGAAGGUGAAUUGGAUGAUCGUUUCUAUGAAUUUUUCAUAAGAAAAGAUAGCCAAUAUGUAAACUCUAGAACAAAAAGAUAUUGGGAUAAGGGAUUCCAUAUUACACUGAGCGUGGCUGUACCAGAUUUUUUGAGGCCUUUAGCGAGUUUCAUACUGUUGUGUGGAAAGUCUUUGAGACUCUUGAAGUUGUGUAAUCCUACUGAUCCUCUUGUCCUUCUAAUAUCAUCGGAUCACCCCUCUGUACGAUGUUGCGCUAAUUUUGAUGAUCUAGAACGAGAACAACAAAUACUAGACGUGUACAGAACUAGGUGCCUGUUCGUCAGCGGUGAGCCCGUUACGUUUGAUCAGAUUCUGCUCAAGAGAGAGGCGGAACGGAAAGCGUUCACUGAAAUGGCGUCUGUGAAACAAGCUGAGACUAUGGAGAAAAUCGUUGCUGAACGAAAACGUCUAGCGCAACUAAUUAUUGCUGAAAAGCAGCAUUCACUUCGAGUAUUAGAGGCAGCUAUGGCUGAAGCCAAAGCGGCCAAAAAUAAAGCGAAGCAACGAGAGAAACAACGCAAUGAGUUAGAAGAAGCCGCUGAAAAAGCCACAGAAGAAGUGGACUCUAAACUAAGAGAUGUUGAAAAGAAUAAAAUGUUAGAAUAUUAUUCCAAACUAAACAUGGAAGUAGAGAAAAGCAAAAUACACACAGAAUGGAAGAUAAAGCGUCUUCAAUUAGAUCAAACACGGAUGCAGUUACUUUCGACUGAAGAAAGAAAUUUGAAAAGGGAAAAGUUAGAGUUGGAACAUCAAAGGAAUGAAGAAAUUAUGGCCAUGUCAAUACAAAGUGAUUUCAAAUCAGAAGAUGGACUAGAUGGUGAUAAUAGUGAAGAAAAUAAAGACGUUAUUUCUGAAAAUGACCCUAAUAUGGUGGAAUCAACAACUUCGCUUGAUUCUGAAGAUGUCGAAGCACCUGAAUCUGAACAUAACAUAAAUAGAAAUAAAGCUCAGGCAUCAAGUGACGUAUUUAGUGCCAUAUGCAAUGUAGCUAAAAGUAUAUUUGGUGUCGGGAAGAAAGACAAACUAUGUGAUAAUGAAUUAGAGCUUGACACUCAAGGAAAUAUUAUCAGAGAUUUUGAAAACAAUCAUCAUACAUCUAAAGAAACUUCAAGUGACGUUAUUGGAUCGAAAUUAGACGAAGUUAAUGAUAAUUUACGAUUUAUGGAAGCAAGGGAAGAGGCAUUGAAAAAUAAACAAAAAGUUAUGUGCCAUGAGUUUGGUCAGACUGAUAAUGAUAAUAAUCAAGUCAAACAUCCGAUAAUACGUUUAACUACAGUUGAUGAAGAAAAUAAUAUCGAAGAGACACCAUUUACUGAAGCUAGGCGAAAUAAAAUGAAAGUCCUUGGUGCAGAGUUCAAUAUCGUAAAGGCAGAAGAGAAAGAUAGUUUUCAAGAACCGAGAACGGAAGCGCAAAGAGAGGCGUUAAUUAAUAAGCAAAAAGUGUUAGGUGUAGAAUAUAAUUUGCCAUUAGAUAAAGUGGCAAAUCGUGAGCCAGCUAAUAUAGCACAGGAAGAAGCUGUGCGUAAUAAGAAUAAAGUGUUAGGUUCUGAUUAUGAUGGGAGAUCGGAAACAAGAUUUGAUUCUACGAAGAAAUCUGGGCUAAGGCUGAAUUUGAAGCCGUUUAGUGAACCUUCGCUGAAUAUAAACGCCUCGUCUAAUGGUGGGGCGGUGACACCCGGUGAAUUGUUUCCACGGCUUGACUUAGAAACGCCAACCACAGCAGAAAUGCCGGUCGACGGUCCAAUGACGAGUGACAUAUUUACACCUAGAAGUGAAGGCAAAGAUUUAGAAACAGGACCGAUCAAACCAGACAAAGAAUAUUUAACCUCUGAAGGAUUUAACUUCUCCAUAAUAGUUGAUGAUGAAACUGCAGCUUCAGAAGUACAAACUAGCCCAGAUAAUUCACCUACUAAAAGUACGGAUAUAAUAAAGAGUUAUAGGAAAACCUCGGUAUUUAAUGUGUUAGACGGGUCCUACAGUCUCGAGAAUUUCGAUCCCUUUGGAUUGAAGAAUUGGGACGGACAGUCUAAAAAUUAUUUUAGCAGUCAAAUGGAUUUAGACGGAAUUUCAUCUCCAUACACGCAUCCAGCAUUUAUCAUGGAGGAAGUGAAGAAGAAACCAUACAAUAAUAUUUAUAAUUCACGAUAUAGUGAAGAAGAGGUUGCCAAGGUUGAUUGUGAUAAUAUAGCAACACUAACUGCGUGUUUACAAAGAUCUGUGAUGUUACCAUUGACAUAUCAAUUGGAAGUAGUCAAUAAUUCUAUUCUAACAUAUUUCCUCGUAAAUCUCGAUAUGUAUGAACAUCUGAGGAGUUUAAAAGAUUACUUCUUUUUAAUGGACGGAGAAUUCUCAAGGAGUAUUUGCCAUAAUUUAUUCACGAAAUUAACGAAAACUUUAAAUCCACAAGAGUUGUUGAAUUUUUCAACUUUACAUAACAUUUUGGAUAAGGCUCUCGGAUCGUCUAUUUCACAUGUUCAUAAAUUCUCAGAGAACUUAUCGUUUACAAUAACGGAAUCUCCACUGAGCUUUCAACACAGUUCCCCAGAUGUUUUGCAGUGUUUAUCUUUAACAUACACAGUUAAUUGGCCACUAAAUAUUAUUUUAUCGCAAGAAGCAUUAUUACGAUACGCCAAAGUGUUUCAAUUUUUGAUCAAGAUGAGAAGAAUUUUUUGGGUCUUGAGCGAGGACUUUGAGUCUCUGAAACUCUCCGUGAAACUAUCGCGGGAACAUUCGAGAAAGAUCUUACGGUCGCCGCAAUACAUCUCCAUACAGUUGUACCGACAUAUAAUGGCGUCUUUAAUACGGGCUUUGGAUAAUUACAUAGUGACCACGUGCAUUCUAACCUCGUGGACGGAAUUCGAGAAAGAUCUAAAGAAAGCCAGAACUUUAGACGAUUUGUACGAAUGCCACGUGGUGUACAUAAAAAAUGUACUGUUUAGAUGUUUGUUGAACAACAGAUCGACGCCCGUCAUGAAAUUGUUGAAUGAUAUUUUCACUGUUAUUCUGAAAUUUAGUCGUGUGCUGAAAGCUGGAGAAUGGCAGCAAAAGGAAGCUCACGGUUAUUUCACUCACUCAAGCUACCCACAACUCGAAGAACUCUACCAUUUGUACGAGAAACUAGCUAAAUAUCUCCACAAAGUGAUAACAAAACUCAUGGAGUGCGGUUACCAAAGACAUUUGGUGGAAUUACUGACUAUGGUCAAUUUGAAUGGGUAUUAUGACCCGGAAAGAACGUAUGAUACUAAUACGAGUAUAAAUUAACCCUGAAAUUCGAGUUAAAUGCAUACUGUCUGUAAUUCUUUUUUUUUUAUUUUUUAAGCG